CUCCACCAACAACAACCACCACGCGACCCAAUAUACGUCGCCUUCAACCUCCGCCGUACCCAGACGACCCCUCUCACCGCUCCGCAUCCUCCCUCCCGACGUCGACGGUACUGUCUCCCGCUCUCUUCAGCUGAAGAGAAAAGUCAGGUGUCCACACCUGUCCCGCCAACCCGCCCGCCAAACCCACCCACUGCUUCCAACGCCGCCACCACCUUGUCUUCCAGCAUAACAAUUCUCUCACCGCACCGUUCUGCCUGUGCAAGGAACACUGACACACGUGGCUCGACUCGUGACGAGCCCAACAACCCGCAGAUAUGGGUCAGACACUGUCGGAGCCCGUAGUGGACAAGCAUUCAGAUGAGGGCCAGGAUGAUCGAGUUGCCUUUGGUGUGAGUGCCAUGCAAGGAUGGAGAAUCAGCAUGGAGGAUGCGCAUGCCACCAUUCUCGACCUACAACCUCACGAGGGCGAGGAAGAGCUCAAGCCGGCCGCUUCGGACGUGCGGAUAUCAUACUUUGGUGUAUAUGAUGGGCAUGGCGGCGACAAGGUCGCCCUCUAUACCGGCGAGCAUCUUCACAAGAUUAUUGCCAAGCAGGAGUCCUUCAAGAACAAGAACUUCGAGCAGGCGCUCAAGGACGGGUUUCUCGCUAUUGACAGAGCCAUCCUCAGUGAUCCUAGAUAUGAGGAAGAGGUCUCGGGCUGUACCUCGACUGUUGGAAUCAUCACACACGACAAGAUCUACUGCGGCAACGCCGGCGACUCAAGAACUGUACUCGGCAUCAAGGGUCGCGCAAAGCCUCUCUCCUUUGAUCAUAAGCCUCAGAACGAGGGCGAAAAGGCACGAAUCUGUGCUGCUGGUGGAUUUGUCGAUUUUGGCCGUGUCAAUGGCAAUCUUGCUCUCAGUCGUGCGAUUGGUGACUUUGAGUUCAAGAAGAGCGCCGAUCUUCCUCCGGAGCAACAGAUUGUCACUGCAUUCCCUGAGGUGACUGUGCACGAGCUUGGAGAGGACGACGAGUUCCUUGUCGUUGCUUGCGACGGAAUUUGGGAUUGUCAAUCCUCGCAAGCUGUGGUCGAGUUCGUACGCAGAGGCAUCGCCGCCAAGCAGGAGCUGCACUCGAUCUGUGAAAACAUGAUGGACAACUGCCUUGCAUCCAACUCGGAAACUGGCGGCGUGGGAUGCGACAACAUGACCAUGGUCGUCGUUGCGCUUCUCAACGGCAAGAGCAAAGAGGAGUGGUACAAGAUGAUUGGCGAGCGGGUCGCCAACGGAGACGGACCUUGCGCGCCUCCCGAGUACGCUGAAUUCCGAGGUCCCGGCAUGCACCACCGCUUCGACGACUCCCCCGAUGACUACGAAAUGGACAUGGACCAGCGCACUCGCAUGCUUGGGCGUGGCGGACGCAUCAUCCUCCUCGGCGACGGUACUGAGAUCGUGACUGGAAACGGUGACGGAGAUGUCGAGAUGAAUGAGGGUGGCCGAGUCGUCGAAGAGGAAGACAGUGAUGAUUUGGACGACAAAGAUUUGGAAGAGCUACUCAGGAAUAAGAGGGAUGAGAAGGGUGUCCCACAGGAUGCGGACAGAGAGGUGCGAGAGGGUACGCCAGCGCCUGCAUCUGGUGAUCCUGCCGCGAGCAGCAGCAAUACUUCCGAUGCGAAGCCUGAAGACCCCAAGACGACGCAAGCGGCGGACAAGUGAGUGCGCUGAGCGAAUGCUCGGUGUUACCACGCAUCGUGCCCGGCAUAUUUUGGCAUGAGUAAGCAUGGCAUUGAUCGUUCACGCCGCACCAUCACCAUCGAAGAUACCAUUUGCACCAGCUUCCUUCAACACCUUGGCUUUGCCUUUCGAAAAUCCUUCGGGCACGCGACACAUAGCUUCUGCGACCUCUGGGUCAGCAUUGUACGAGAGAGACCCCGAGAGACCCGAGACCAAAGACUUUCAAUGGAAUUGAUACCCUUUAGCGAGACGUUUG